GUUGACAGCAGCUUCCCAUUUUCCGGAAUCCACUUUUAGCUCGGUCGGUCUAGCAAGUAUUGGCCACCACAAGGACCUACUUAUAUCACGAAGGACAAUAAGGAAUCGAUUUUGGGUUUGGUCCAGUCGCGAGGCACUCAGGUCAUGAUCGUUGGGGCAGAACAAUAGCAGAGGGAAUACAAAAGCAGGACAAGGGGUCCCGUUCGUAUUCCUUUAUUACUCUCUCUCGAAAUAAAAGGCCAUUGACUCGGACACCAGGCUCGCCACAAAAUUUCUUGAAAGCCCUGUAUUGCCCGCAACUGUACACGCCACUAUCGUUUCUUUCGAAUGGGCUUUCCUACGACUAUGUCUCAAAUUGCAGCAUCUUAUUUCGGUGCGAAGCAUAGUAAAAGUGGCGGAAAGCUAGCCAGUGACUCAAGUUUUACCUCCGGCCGUGUCACCCGUUCGCGAUUUACUGCAACCUCGCACCUCGCACAUUUAGUGUCCUUCCCUGCAGCUCUUACCGUCUCGGGAGAGGACUCUCCUCGUCAUUCAUGCUCGCCACACCCCGUGGCAUCUUCUAGUCGUGAAAUUACGCGUCAGGACCCCGUAGAUGUCACUAGCACGACUUCUUCUCGGCCACCCCUCCACCGCGAGCACGUCACCUACCACACCAAUAAUCUAGAUCUAUUCGACGGCAGGACUAACCAUCCUCUAUUCGCAGAAACGGCACCUACCUUAUCCAACGUCUUCCCUCAAAUGAAUGACCCCCAAUCCCAGCGGAAAAUAGAGGGCUAUCAAUACACAGGCGGGUGGACAUUGCGGGCAGACGGAACACAUACAUACAUUCCGACUGGGAACAUACGCGAAAUUCCUGAUGAGGAAGAUGAAGACGGAUUCCAACCGGUCGAAGUGCUAGAUGACUCCCUCCUGGCUUCUCCUCGGAUGUUACCUCCCGAUACAACCCCUCCUCCGAGACCCCAGGGUGGGAUAUGUCUGCUUCCUCCCAGUAACAUUUUCACUCCUUACCAGUCUGCUCCUCCGAGUUCACAUGGUGUAUUCCAACCUCCUCGGCCAUCAUUACCAUUCUCCGAUGCUUCCAACUCUGUCUGGCGGUCGUUGCCACAAUUUUCGCCAGCACAAUCUGCAGCUAAAUUAGAGGAAGGGCCUCCGCCUGCAUCGCCUUUUGACAUCCCGGACGUGCCAAGCAGCAACCCCUACGGCUUCGCAGAGUUUCUUGAAAAGGAGCCUAUUGUGAGGCAAAACCUUGGGUCAAUUAAGCGUCUUUGCGAUAAUUUUACGUUUUUGGCUCCCUCGCGGGAUGACCAGGGUGUAUGCACACUUUUAGUCGACACUUUAAAGCGAGUCAAAGAAUCACUCUAUCGUGGGCUUCUCGUUCCAAAUGAUCUCUGGAAGUUCCUUAGCGAUCCCAAACGAAUCAGGUUUAGGAAUAGAAUGCUUUCCUUGCGCAGGACGCUGAUACGUCUAGAAAGAGUUUCCACUCAACUGACAUUCCUUCGGUCCGAACAACUAGUCGACAUUCUUUCCAAGCUCGGUGACCACCAUAAAAAGUUGUCUGAUAUUGCGUCAAAGCUGAAUACUACUUUUGAACUGCUCGAUCUAUACGGUCUUCACGAGACAGCCUUGGCUUCGAAACGAAAAAGCUCCGCUGAUCUUUAUCUGAAAGCUAGAGGAUCAUACCUCUGCAAGAAACCCUCAAGACCGUAUCGCUCUUGACAUGGAUACCUACUAACCUGCUACUCCACCACCUUUCUUGAUUUCGAUACCGGAUGGAUUUUGGAUGUUUUCUGUUUCAAACUUCGAACUAGACUGUCUUGCCCACUCGCUCUCGCUACCUGCUUUCUGGCAUUCUUUUCCCUCAUCACUCUGACAUGAUUCCAUUUCUUGUGCGUUCUGUUCUCGCAACGCUUUCUUGAUGAUAUG